UCUAGGCCGCGGCCGCCGGAUUCGCUGCUCCCCGCGGGCCCGGCCCGGGCUGGGGCGGACGCGGCACUGGCGGGGCCAGACCCGCACCCGGUCCCCGAGCCCGAGCCCGGACCCGGCAGGCCGGGCAGGGGACGGGCCGGGACGGGGACCGGCCGGCAGCGCGGAGGCCCAGGCCUCAGGUCCCGGACGGCGGAGCCGGGCAGCGCCUCAGGUGGAAGAUGGGACAAUUUCCCUUCUGGUUUAGGUGACUGACACCUGCUUACCAUGAAGUCCCAAAGGAGAUAAAGGGACAGCAGUGGGAAUUUCUUCUCACUCCUCCAAAAAAACAUCCAACAGUUGCCUCAUGGGAUUGCCUCUCCAGCUGGCGUCAUGGGGUCCUGCUGCAGUUGUCUGUGCAGAGACAGCAUCCCAGACAACCAUCCCACCAAAUUUAAGGUAACCAACGUGGACGAUGAAGGUACGGAGCUGGGAUCUGGGAUCAUGGAGCUGACUCAGACGGAGCUGCUCCUGCACACGCACAAGAGGGAUGCUGUCAGGUGGCCUUACCUCUGCCUGCGCCGCUACGGCUACGACUCCAACCUCUUCUCCUUCGAGAGUGGGCGGCGCUGCCAGACAGGGCAGGGGAUUUUUGCCUUCAAGUGUUCCAGAGCAGAGGAGAUCUUCAAUCUGCUUCAGGACCUGAUGCAGUGCAACAGCAUCAACGUAGUGGAAGAGCCUGUGGUGAUCACCAGGAACAGUCACCCCACGGAGCAGGAGCUCUCCAGGACCCCCCAGGCACCCAACACUCUGGGGUACACUGUCCAGGGAUUUCCCAAUGGAUUCCACAGCUUCCCUGGAGAAACCCUCUCCUACUCCACCGCUCGCCGCCCCUCCGUGAGCAGCCUGAGGCAUUCCUCUGUGGGGGAAGACUCUACUCAUGCCCUUAUUGGGCCUGAUGAGCAGUCCCACACCUACGUCAACACAGCCAGUGGUGAUCAGGAGCUGAGGGGCCGACAUUGUAUGCACUCCUUGCCUGAAGUCCACCCUCCUUUCCCCCAUAGGAACCACAGCUGCUCCCUGGAAGACCGCAAUCCCCAGGUCUUCCUGCAGCCAGGGGAGGUUAAGUUCGUCUUGGGUCCUACAGCCAACUACAGGCGCAUCUGUGGGCACCACCGGGAGUGCAGGACGCACUUCUGCCCCUCCAACAACAACAACAACGAGUGCGAGGAGGAGGAGGAGGAGUGCCCUUCACCCCAGUGCGUUUACCAGAACGUCAACGGCUUGCUCCCCGCCGGCAGCUCCUCGCUGUGCCGGGGCAAGCGCCUGCAGCUGGCCCGGGAGGACUCUGCCGGCUGCUCGCAGCGCAGGGCGGCUCUGCUGCACUACCAGAACCUGCCGCUGCUGCCGCCGCUCUGGGAGAGCCAAACCCUGCGCUGGGCAGCGGCAGAGCCGUGCCCCGGGGACGCGCCGACACCUUCCCCGAACGGCUGCUCGGAGGCCGGCGAAGAGGCUCCGCUGCACGACUCGCUGGGCAAGGGGAGCGCCGUGCCGCAGGGGGGCGGCGGGCGGCGGCGCGGCGGUGGUGGCAGCGGCGGUGGCAGCGGCGGUGGCUUCCUGCCGAGGCCCCGGCGGGGCUGCGUGCCCAGCGUCUUCAGCUUCGACUUCCCCCGGCCUCGGUCCGACCAGCCGCGGCAGCUCAACUACAUCCAGGUGGAGCUGGAAGCUGAGCCGCGCAAGGGCCAUCCGAACCUGCCCUCGGUGCCCUGCGUCCCUCCUCCCGCCGCCCGCCCGCCCCGCCGGACCGACUCGUACGCGGUCAUCGACCUCAAAAAGACCGCGGCCAUGUCCAGCCUGCAGAGAGCCCUGCCCAGGGACGAUGGCACCUCGCGGAAAACUCGCCACAACAGCACUGACCUGCCGCUGUAAGGGGGCACCGAGAGCCAGCACCGUGCCACGGCGGUGGGACCUGCCCUUCAGUGUGUGCCUGGUGUGACUUCCCUUGGCCGUUGCCUUCUGCUUCCCUCCUUACCCCUGUCCCCGGUGCCAUGGGAUGGCUCCUCCAGCUGAUGUUAAAGGCUUGUCUGUCUGUCCGUCUGUCUUCCCCUCCCUCUCCGUCUCUCCCGUGUAGUUUAGUUUUCAAGCCUCCUGGGAUGUUUGGUGACUCUGGAAGUUAAGCUCCUGGUGAGCAGCAGGGGCAGGUGGUGGCUGCAGCUCUGGUGCUGUGUGGGUACAGCCUCGAGUGGGGUCAGCCCUGCAGCCGUGUGCGCGGUGCCAGCAGCCUGGCUGCAGAGGCAGGGCAGUGGCACGGCUGAGGUCUGUUUCCAAAAGCAAGUUGCUGUUUUGGGAGCUCCUCUGCAAGCUGAGCCUGUUCCCUCUGGAUUUCAUUGGAAUGGGUCAGGCAUUGGAACAGGCUGCCCAGGGAGUCACCAUCCCUGGAGACGUUCAAGGGAUGUGUGGCUAUGGCACUUUGGGAUGUGGUUUAAUGGCUGUGGUGGGGUCGGGUUGUAGGUUGGACUCAAUGAUCUUAAAGGUCAUUUCCAACCAGAGCUGUUCUGUGGUUCAUGCUUUGUAACUCCAGGUGAGCUCUGCAGCCAGGCCACUCCAAAGUCCAGUUUUGCUUUAGGGUUUCACUGAUCCCCAAGGAGUUGGGAACUCAUGCUGCAGUCUUUCCCCCCUCCACUCACCCCUUUCUCCUGUUUUCUUGCAGCUCAUAGAAGCUUUUUAUCCUUCUGUCCCUCUCUCAGAUUCAAUUUCAAUCAGGCAGCUGUAGAAAUGAGUAGAGGAGGACAACCAGCCAUGGGCACAGACACUGUGAUCACCUAACCCUGACCUCCUGAAGAACCCCUGGGUUAAAAGAGGAGGGGAAGACUGCAACCGUGAGCCAGAUUUGGGGUCAAAAACUUUGAUUGUCCCAUGCCCCACCUUUUUUUGCCUUUUAAGGCUUCUUUUUGAUGGCCCUUCAGAAGUGUUCUUCUUUGACUUAUUUAUUUGUUCCAUGCUCCUUUUGCAUCCCAGUGGUAAGUGCCAAAAGUGGUGCCAAUAUGAAACGUGUGCUUGCUGGGGAGCAACCAGAAGAGGUUGGAAGAGGUUGGUGGCUUUGCUGAGCUGCACUU